AUGUUUUAUAGUUCGCCGCAUGACGAACGGUCGACUGCGGCUGAAGACACGGCGACGAUAUUCCGGAAACAAAUUUCCCAUUUCUCACAGCUUUAUAUGAGACUGCUUGCAUCCGAAUUCGAAUGCUUGUCAAAAGCAAGAACCGGGCCGGCUAUAGCCGGUGUCGCCGCCGUCGUCGCCUCGUCGCAGCCUUUGUACUCCUCCCCUCUUGUCCUCAUUGGUCAUUCGGCACCUGGUGGUGGUCGUUUGCCGAUCAUCAACGAUGAACCACAAGGCAGAUCGGUUUACGUGCGUGAGUGUGACCAAAAGAUGAAAAGAAAACCAACGACAGACACGGCGGCAGCAUUUCUUCCUCGCUUGGGAUUUUCUGAUCUUGUCUGA